CACAGCCCUCUAGUCUAAUUGCAGGUGCGCUCGAUUGUGCUGAUCUGACCUGGCCAUUGGGUGCACUUUAGGACUAAUAAAUGGGUCAUGCGGUGUGCCGGGAGAGCUAAAUCGCCGAGAAGCUACAGGUAGAUCGUACUUUUUCGACUGACGUCACUCCCAGGGAUGGGCUUGUCACGUGGUUAAAGUCUGCGCUAUCUUGUGGAAAACAACCUCUGAGCUUUAAGGGAAAAAACUGGGAGAAAAACUACUGGAGAUAACAAGCUAAUUUAGCAGGGGCAAAGGUGAUUCCUGGAUGUAUAUAUGAUCUGUAUGUCCAGACAAGGUUUGCACUCUGACCUGCAAGCCAAUGUAAGUCGUGCUGAGUGACUGCGUGUGAAAGAGGUAUUCCAACACAGGCUCAUCUCUUUCCCCAUGACCUCUGGAGGAGGUCCCUGCGGCCGCACUGAGCGUGUCCGUCAUGAACCCCAUUACGACCAGGUCCCGCCAGGCUCCCUACGCCGAAACGACCCCUUUGACCUUCAACCCCUGAGGUACCAGCGGAGCACCGAACUAGCCCUGAGCUCUGAUCCCCUUCCGCCCCCCCCCCUGCCCGACCAGCCCCCUGUGGGGCCCGAGUAUGACCCCAGCGUCAGUGAGGACAACCCAGACCCUGACCCAGAUCCACACCUCGAACUAGACCCUGCCCUCGACAUAAAACCGGUCCACCGUUUCAUCCCUGACUCGUGGAAGAGCUUCUUCCGAGGGACCAGUCUCCGCAGCAGCAAGCCCUGCCCCAUGCCUGCCUCCUCCUCCUCCUCCUCUAACAACAACAACAGCACCAGUGGCGGGGUGCGCUGCUCGCCCCCACACUCGCCCUCCCUGCCCAGAUCCUACCGGGACCCCUAUGGGGGGUCGGGGGGAAGCAGCUACAACUCCCGCAAGGAGCUCCUGGGAGUGGGUGACCACCAAGAGUCAAUUUCGGGACGCACACUCCACACGGCGCUCACCUACAGCGAGCGGGUGGAAGAGUACCACGAGCGCUACGGCUACAUGAAGUCCUGGGCGGGCCUGCUGAGGAUUCUGGGAUGCGUGGAGCUGCUGCUGGGUGCAGCGGUGUUCGCCUGCGUGUGCGCGUACGUGCACAAGGACAACGAGUGGUUCAACAUGUUUGGCUACUCCUCGCCUGGAAGUGCAUACGGAGGCUACGGAGGUGGGAUGUACGGAGCAGGCACCGGAGGGUCCUACUACUCGGGUCCUCAGACUCCGUUUGUGUUAGUUGUGGCGGGGCUGGCCUGGAUCGUGACUGUGAUAUUGUUGGUGAUAGGGAUGACUAUGUACUACCGCACCAUCCUACUGGAUUCCUCCUGGUGGCCCCUGACAGAGUUUACUAUAAACCUGGCCAUGGCCGUGCUCUACAUGGCUGCAGCUGUAGUCUACGUCAGGGACACCACGCGGGGCGGUCUCUGCUCCCUUCCCAUCUUCAACAAUGGCAUCAACGGGGCUUUUUGCCGCACCGAGGCCGGACAGACAGCCGCCAUCAUCUUUCUGUUCGUCACCAUGGUGAUCUACCUGAUCGGGGCCAUUGUGUGUCUGAAGUUGUGGCGGCACGAGCAGGCACGCAUGUACCGGGAAAAGUAUGGCCUGGAGAUGCAUACGACAGAUUUCCCUGCGGCGCGGUCUUUGAUGCCGGUUCCAGAGCCAAUUCAGGGUUCUACUGUGGUUCCCAUCCAGGCUGCGGUACCCAAGGCAGGGCCACCGAAGGUUCUACAGGGAGCUAUCCCUUCUGGUCACAUCCCCAAACCAGUCAUCAUGCCUGACUAUAUAGCUAAGUACCCAACCAUCCGUACGGUCGAUGAGCGGGACCAGUACCGGGCUGUGUUCAAUGACCAGUACUCUGAGUACAAGGAGCUCCACGCCGACGUGCAGGCCACCACCAGGAAGUUUGAUGAGCUGGACGCCAUGAUGCGUGCCCUACCCCAGCACCCCAACAGUCAGAUGGAGUAUGACCGCGUAAACAAAAUCCUUCAGGAGUACCAAAGGAAGAAAAAUGAUCCUACGUUCCAGGAGAAGAGGGAGCGCUGUGAGUACCUGAAGAACAAACUGGCCCACAUUAAACAGAAGAUCCACGAGUACGACAAGGUCAUGGAGUGGAACGAUGGCUACGCCUGCCUGAUGGAGAUGAGAGGAAACCAGACACCCUUCACAUUCGGGGGCGGGGAAAUAGCUCAAACAGUUUUAAAGAGAGAGACCCUUCGGGCACCUGUGGAUUCAGGAAUGUCUUCCAAGCACAACGGGAGUCCGCCUCCCUAUGAGUCAGAUGGAUAUCAUGAGCCACCCCAGCCGGCAUACUCCUACUACCCCGACGAUGAGUUCCAGCACUUCUACAAAUGGACGUCUCCCCCGGGCAUCAUCAAGCUGAUGGCCAUCAUCGUCAUUGUCCUCUGUGUGGCCAUAUUCGCCUGUGUGGCCUCUACGCUGGCCUGGGACAGCCAGGGGGCCAUGUCUGGCUUCGGUGGUUACGGGGGCAGCUCGUAUGGGGGCAGCUCGUACGGAGGCGGUGGUUACUCCGGUAGCUUUGGUGGUGGUGCCUAUGGUGCCGGUAACAACUAUGGCUACGGUGGACUCGGAGGGAACUACAAUGACCCUCGCACUGGCAAAGGAUUCAUCAUUGCCAUGGCAGCAUUCAGCUUCAUCACGGCCCUUGUCAUUUUCAUCAUUGUGGUGUCGAGGCAUGGCCUGUCGGAGUCUAGAAGGUUCUACCUAGCUGUGGUGAUCAUCUGUGCUAUCCUGGCCCUGCUGAUGCUCAUAGCGACUAUAGUGUACCUGGUGGCGGUGAAUCCCAUGGCUCAAUCUACAGGGUCGAUCUAUGGGAGCCAGCUGGCAGGCCUGUGUGCCCAGUACCAGGGACCCCAGGCUUCAGGAAUGUUGGUCAACCAGUAUCUCUACCAUUACUGUGUGGUGGAGCCUCAGGAGGCCAUAGCGAUAGUGUUUGGCUUCCUGGUGAUGGCGGCUCUGAUCAUCAUGAUGGUGUUUGCCUUAAAGACGCGCCAGAAAAUCAGGAAUUAUGGCAAGUCCAACGUCCUGUGGAGGAAGGUGAAGGUCAUCGACGAGGAGGCCCCGCCCCAGGACGUGGAGGCAUGGGUGAACAAUGUGUCAGGUUUUCCUGAUGAAGGUGUGGUGCUGACCGACUACCCAGAGAAGUUUGGAGGAUCCAGGAGUCACCUGGAUGACACCAGCACCAACUACGACAAACCUCCCUACAAUGACAGCCCAGCUCCUCCAGUAGUAUGUGACUUCCCUGUGCACAGUAGCGCCCCCUACAGCAGUGGCUCAGAGAUGGCCAGCUCAGCAGCAGGGAAGCCCAAGAAGAGACGGGCCGGUCGUCCUCGCCGUACUGAUGGACAGGAUACAGACUACGCUUCCUCUGGGGACGAGCUGGACGACGACAAUGACUUCGACAGUGAGUUCCCCACCAUUGCCAAUGAGCAGGAACGUGUGGACUACAAGCGUGAGUUUGACCGGGAUCACCAGGAGUACAAGGACCUGCAGGGAGAGCUGGACAUCAUCAACAAGAGCCUGUCAGAGGUGGACAGAGAGCUGGAUGAGCUGCAGGAGGGAAGCCCCCAAUUCCUGGAUGCUAUGGAAAAGUACAACAGGCUAAAGGACAUAAAGAAGUCAGCAGAUUACCAGUUGAAGAAGCGCAGGUGUAAAUACCUGAAGGCCAAACUGUCCCACAUCAAGAGGAUGGUCGCUGACUACGAUCGCAGGGCCUGAACUUCCUGUCACCUGACGUCAGCCAGGAUACUUCUUCCGGUUCAGAGUUGAUGCCAGAUGUAACACUUGUGGUUUGAGUCAGAUUCUACUUAUUUCUUUGGCUCUGCUCUAGUAACACUAGCAUAUCACUUAGAAUUAAGCAAUGUAUUGAGCAUUUAUUCUAAGUGGUAUGCUUGUGUAGAUAUAAGAACGUAACCUUUGUAAUUAGGUUUGUGGUUGCCGUAUACUGAGCAUCUUCACUGAAGUGUCUUCCCAAGGAUCUCCACUGUGAUUGGAUGGAUGUGCUAGGGAUCAGCCAAUCCACAGUAUACUACAAAGCUGUUAAAAAUGAAGUUCUCGCACAUACUUCCCGAGACAAUGGCUGUAGAAAUGUGUGGGUUUUGUGAAAACAUUUUUUUAAAUGGGUAAAUUGAAUGUGCAGAAAUAAUAUAUUUUUAUGACUGCAUUAAGUUAUUAGUGUUCAAAGGCUUGUGUUAACUCUUGUUUCGUAUAAUGAAUGGUACUUAGUGCAGUUUAUCCUCUCUGUUGUCUGUUGCUAAUGUUGGGAUGGGACAAAAUGACAACCUCAAACUGUGAUGUUGUGAGACUUAUUUCACUCUGAUACAUUAGACGUUUUUACAGCUUCCUCUUUUAGAUAAGAUGUUCACUUUCUACUUUCUCUUAACCUCAUUGUCAGGUGUUGAUACUUGUACUUAUGAAAGGUUUGCCAAUUGUAAAUAUGUGAAUAUACUUGUGGUCUCUUUAUGUACUAAUGCGUUGUACCCUCUCCUGUAAUUUUUUGUCAGUUGCUAAAGACUUCGAAACUGUUAUACUUUGUAAAUCAUUAUGCAUUUGAUUCAUGUUCUGUUUACUUUUUUGACCUAAAUGGAAUAUAUUCAAGGUCACCUUUUUAAAACUGAUAAUUCAAUUAAGAUUUGCGUAACAGUUGAAAUCAACCUGAUCAAUUUAGUUCUAUAUGGUCUCUUAAAGCCAUUCUCAGGUUUUUCAAUGUGUGAAUAUACUGUUAUAUACUUAGUUAUAUUAUAUUGAUGUAAUAUGGUCUGCUCUCUUUUGUCAGUUGCUAAAGACUUUGAAACUUUUUUUGAUCAAGAUGCCUUAAGGUCUUUUUAAAUAAAAUAAUUAAACCACA